AUGGUGAAGCUGAGCAAAGAGGCCAAGCAGAGGCUGCAGCAGCUCUUCAAGGAGGGCCAGUUUGCUACGCGCUGGGGCUUCAACCCUCUUGUGAUUUACCUGGGAUUUAAGAGAGGUGCAGAUCCUGGAAUGCCUGAACCAACUGUUUUGAGCCUACUUUGGGGAUAAAGGAUUAUUUGGUCUUCUGGAUUUGGAAGCAAUUAGCA